AGAAGAACAUGGUGCUUGAUGCCUUUCCCGAUGCACAAUGACUUUUCAAUCAAAUACAUAUUAAUCAUUAGAUUCCCACAAAGGGCAUUUAAGUGCCUAUAAAUACAAGGAGUCUGUUUUGUUAUUUCAUGUGCUAAACUCAGACAGUCGCAACCAAUUACAAAAAUCUAUUGCCAGUCUUGCUCGCGUGCUAAGGAAAAAAUGGCCGCCGUCGGAGCCAACUACAACAUCAACAUUUCUGAAAUCACAGCCAACAUGAAAGCGGAGGGAGUCCAGUCCCCUGAGAUGGAAGCUAUAUUGAAGGCACUUUCAGACGACACGAUAUGGAAAACAAUCGAGGGAUUCAAAGGCAUGGACAUGAGCACUCAGGAGAAAAUGAUUAACAACAUGAUGGCCAGUGGUGGUCUAGCUCAACUCGGCAUUCCUGUUCCAGAGCCAGUGAACCCAGCUGACCCUCACGUGAUCACGAGCGCAAAAUUUGCAGUGGAAAAGCAAAACGAGAAUGCCGGGACAAGCCUGGUUUUCAUCCAAGUGAAUGGAGGCCUGCAGUGGAAAAUUGUUAUUGGCACUCUCUAUACCCUUGUCCUUUUUUUUUUUUGUUUUUUCCGAAACGAUAGGAUAUUUUCAUUGCUUUAA